GCGCAGCCGCUGCCGCCGCAGCAACAACAACAACGCAAGCAGAGGCCGCGGCAGAGGCCAGCAACAAAUUGGAAUUGGAUAAUGCGGCCGCAGAACGAAGCGUGCGUCUCAUCAAGCAGCGCAAGGAUCUUGAGAACUCAUUUAUGCGACACAUGUCAAACUCACCGACACCGCCAUCUCCCCUGCGAUCUCUAUCAGACUGCGGCAAGAGCUACGAGGAGGAGGAGGAGGAGGACGAGCUGGAGGCGGAUGUGGCACAGAAUUUGAGCAGCAAACGCAGCGCACGCCAAUUGGAUGCCGACAUGGAGAACGAGGUGCUCAAUUUGGCGCGCAGCGUUUCGCCAGCGGCCAAGCGCUUGGCCCUGGAGCACACGGCCGAGACUGCGCUCGCGGCACAGUCUGCCGCCGCAGCCACGCCGCCCGCCGGAGUGGGCCUGCCGCCAACAGCGCCGCUGGGCUUCGGGCCGGAGGAUAUGCACCAGGCGCUGCAGCUGCAGCUGCACAGCUACAUCGAGAUGGUGCGUCAACUGGCGCCCGACGCAUUUCCCAAUCCCAAUCUGGCGACACAGUUUCUGCUGCAGAACUCGCUCCAAGCGCUGGCCCAGUUCCAGGCGCUGCAGCAGCUCAAGCAGCAGCGGGAUCAGCAGCUGACCACGCCCAGCGAGUCGCUGCCCUCGCGGCACUAUUCCACGCCGCUGAGCAAGUCGCCGCUGCGCAGUCCCUCGCUGAGUCCUGUCGCGCGUUCCAUGGAGCCGCAGCAGGCGCAACGCACGCCGCCCAAUUCCCUGGCGGCGGCAGGUCUGGGCCUAAGCAGCGCCGUUCUGACGCCCAAUACGCCCAGCAUGCAGCAGCAGCAGCAGCAGACGAUGACGACGACGACAACUGCCUCGAGCACGCCCAAGCCGUUGGCUAGCGGCGCCACAGUGGCCGCUGUGAUGGCCACCAAACUGGAGCAGUCACCGGAGGAGACCACCGAUCUGGAGGAGCUGGAGCAGUUCGCCAAGACGUUCAAGCAGCGUCGCAUCAAGCUCGGCUUCACCCAGGGCGAUGUCGGCCUGGCCAUGGGCAAGCUCUAUGGCAACGAUUUCUCCCAGACGACCAUUUCGCGCUUCGAGGCCCUCAAUCUCAGCUUCAAGAACAUGUGCAAGCUGAAGCCGCUGCUGCAAAAGUGGCUGGAGGACGCCGACUCGAGUGUGGCCAAGUCGGCGGGCGGCGUCUUCAAUAUCAAUACGAUGACCACCAAUCUGUCCAGCACGCCGGAGAGCAUAUUGGGUAGGCGGCGCAAGAAGCGCACCUCCAUCGAGACGACCAUACGCGGCGCUCUCGAGCAGGCGUUCGUGCUGAACUGCAAGCCCACCUCGGAGGAGAUCAAUCAGCUGUCGGAGCGCCUGCACAUGGACAAGGAGGUGGUGCGCGUCUGGUUCUGCAAUCGCCGGCAGAAGGAGAAACGCAUCAAUCCCUCGCUCGAUCUGGACAGUCCCACCGGCACCCCAUUGAGCAGCCAUGCCUUUGGCUAUCCGCCGCAGGCUCUCAACAUGUCCAAUGGCGGUCAUGUGCUGCUCGAGGCGGGCGGAUCCCAUUGCGGCAGCUCCAUCAGCUCUGGCGAAUGAUUUGCUGCCAGCUGCCAGCUCUGGUCAGCUUGUAUAUAGAUAGAAAGUGAGAGAGAGAGAGAGAGAGGGAGGGAGCGAGAGAGAGAGAGUACUCCAAAUCUUCCACAAACAUUCCA